AUGUCUCAGGGCGCCGAGAGGAGGAUGGAAAGCCGGUUGAAGAAGUUGGAGGACAUGAUGAGAAACCCCAGGUCUGCCCUAAACCUGGAAAGUUUGCUGGACUCCUUAAAUGCUGUGGUCCUAGAUUUGGACUAUCCUGCACUUCGCAAGAAUAAAAACAUUGAAACCUUUCUAAAUAGAUAUGAGAAUGUCAUAAAACAAGUUCGAGAUCUGCAGAUGAAGUCAGAUGACUUUGACAGAGUUAAAGUGAUUGGCCGAGGAGCUUUUGGUGAGGUUCAACUGGUCAGGCAUAAAGCCUCCCAGAAAGUCUACGCCAUGAAGCUUCUUAGCAAGUUUGAGAUGAUCAAACGCUCAGACUCCGCCUUCUUCUGGGAAGAAAGGGACAUCAUGGCCUUUGCCAACAGCCCAUGGGUUGUGCAAUUGUGCUGCGCUUUCCAAGAUGAGCACUACCUCUACAUGGUGAUGGAGUACAUGCCAGGAGGUGACCUGGUCAACCUCACCAGUACCUAUGAUGUGCCAGAGAAAUGGGCCAAGUUUUACACCGCAGAGGUGGUGAUGGCCCUGGAUGCUAUUCACUCGAUGGGCUUCAUUCACCGUGAUGUCAAACCAGACAACAUGCUGCUGGACAGACACGGGCACCUGAAGCUUGCUGACUUUGGAACAUGCAUGAAGAUGGACUCGACUGGUAUGGUACAUUGUGAUACAGCAGUUGGAACCCCUGACUACAUUUCUCCUGAAGUGCUGAAAUCCCAGGGAGGCGAUGGGUAUUAUGGGAGAGAAUGUGACUGGUGGUCCGUCGGGGUUUUUAUCUUUGAACUGCUUGUUGGUGACACGCCCUUCUAUGCAGACUCUCUUGUGGGAACUUACAGUAAGAUCAUGGAUCAUAAAAACUCCCUCAACUUUCCUGAUGAUGUAGAGAUCUCCAAAGAUGCAAAGAAUAUCAUCUGGGCCUUCCUAACUGACAGGGAGGUGCGAUUGGGACAGAAUGGUGUAGAGGAGAUCAAGCGACACCCUUUCUUCAAGAACGACCAGUGGACCUUUGACACCAUCAGAGAGACUGUUGCACCUGUGGUCCCAGAGCUGAGCAGUGACAUUGACACCAGUAACUUUGACGAGAUUGAAGAAGAUAAAGGUGACGUAGAGACGUUCCCCACACCGAAGGCUUUUGUUGGAAAUCAACUCCCCUUUGUAGGCUUCACCUACUUCAAAGAAGACCAGCUACUUAAUGCUUCCAACAACUCCUCGUGUAUUAAUGAUAAUUCAAAGGGAGAGUCUCUAGCACUGCAAAAGAAGCUUCAUAACUUGGAAGUUCAACUAAAUAAUGAGAAGCAAGCCAAAGAUGAUCUCGAGCACAAAUUCAGAGCUGCCACUAGUCGUCUGGACAAAGUCGCCAAAGAACUUGAAGACGAGGUGACCAGCAGGAAAAAUUUGGAGUCAAACCUGAGGCAGCUGGAAAGAGAGAAGGCGCUUCUGCAACACAAGAGUCUAGAGAGCCACCGAAAAGCUGAGAGUGAAGCUGACAGGAAACGCUGUCUGGAAAAUGAAGUAAAUAACCUCCGGGAUCAGCUGGAUGACUUGAAAAGAAGAAAUCAAAAUUCACACAUUUCCAAUGAGAAGAACAUCCAUUUACAGAAACAGUUGGAAGAAGCCAACAAAUUGCUCCGGGCGGAAUCUGAGUCCGCUACAAGGCUCCGUAAAACUCAGACAGACAACAGCAAACAGAUGCAGCAGCUGGAGGUGAACAUGCGAGAGCUUCAGGACAAAUGCUGUCUGCUGGAACGCAGCAAGUUAAGCCUCGAGAAGGAAUGCAUCACCUUGCAGGCUGCCCUGGAGACAGAACGCAGGGAGCACAGCCAGGGCUCAGAGACCAUCAGUGACUUAAUGGGGCGUAUCUCUGGCCUUGAGGAGGAAGUACAGCAACAGAAACGAGCAUUCUCCAAAAUGGAGACUGAGAAGAGGCAUCUUCAGGAGAAGCUCACGGAUUUGGAAAAGGAAAAGAGCAACAAAGAGAUCGAUUUGACCUAUAAGCUCAAGGUGCUACAGCAGGGACUAGAGCAGGAGGAGAGCUCCCAUAAAGCCACCAAGGCUUUGCUGGCAGACAAGAACAAGAUAAAAGUAACCAUUGAGGGUGCAAAAUCAGAGUCUAUGAAGGAGAUGGAGCAGAAGCUUGCAGAGGAACGAGUAGCCAAAUUGCGGCUUGAGAACAGAAUACUUGAACAGGAGAAGCAUAGCAGCAUGAUGGACUGUGACUAUAAACAAGCUCUCCAGAAGCUGGAUGAGUUGCGCAGACACAAAGACCACCUCACAGAGGAGGUCAAGAAUCUGACACUAAAAAUUGAGCAGGAGACCCAGAAACGCAACCUUACCCAGAAUGAUCUGAAGGCCCAGAACCAGCAACUAAACUCUUUACGAACGUCAGAAAAACAGCUGAAGCAGGAAACAAAUCACUUACUUGACAUUAAACGCAGCCUGGAAAAACAGAACCUUGAGCUGCGCAGAGAAAGACAAGACACGGAUGGGCAAUUGAAGGAACUGCAAGACCAGUUAGAAGCAGAACAAUAUUUUUCUACAUUGUAUAAGACACAGGUUCGUGAACUGAAAGAUGAAUGUGAGGAGAAGAACAAACUUUUCAAAGAAGUGCAGCAGUCUCUUCAGGAACUACAAGAGGAAAGAGAUUCUUUGGCUGCUCAGCUGGAAAUCACGCUUACCAAAGCUGACUCAGAGCAGCUUGCUCGCUCUAUUGCUGAGGAGCAAUACUCUGACCUGGAAAAGGAAAAAAUAAUGAAGGAGCUUGAGCUGAAGGAGAUGAUGGCUCGCCAUCGUCAGGAAUUGUCAGAGAAGGACAUCACAAUCAAUUCGUUGGAAGAAGCCAAUAGGACCCUCACCAGUGAUGUCGCCAACUUAGCCAAUGAGAAGGAGGAGCUCAAUAACAAAAUGAAGGAGGCUGUUGAAGUAACAGAGAAGUCGAAUGAUUGGGAGCAGCAGAUUAGUCAGAUGAAGACCACAUUUGAGAAGCAACUGCAAUCUGAGAGAACACUGAAAACUCAGGCUGUCAAUAAGCUGGCAGAGAUCCUGAACAGGAAGGAGAUGCGUGCUGGAAGUAGUCGCCGUGGCAACGACACAGACAUGCGGCGCAAGGAGAAGGAGAACAGAAAGCUGCAGCUGGAGCUGAGAUCGGAGAAGGAAAAGCUCAACAGUACAAUAAUCAAAUAUCAGAAAGAGAUCAAUGAAAUGCAGGCACAAUUGGCAGAUGAGAGUCAGAUGCGAAUUGAGCUCCAGAUGGCUCUGGACAGUAAAGACAGUGACAUCGAGCAGUUGAGGAAUCUCCUCCAGUCACUCAGCGUACAAUCUAUGGACUCUGCCAGUAUCAGUAGUGGACCAGAGUUUGAUACCGAUGAUGCCUUUACAGAAACAAGGCUUGAAGGAUGGCUAUCCCUUCCUGUGCGUAACAACACCAAGAAAUUUGGAUGGGAGAAAAAGUAUGUUGUUGUGAGCAGCAAGAAGAUUCUUUUCUACAAGAGUGAACAAGACAAAGAGCAGUCCAUUCCUUAUAUGGUGCUUGAUAUAGAUAAACUAUUCCAUGUGAGGCCUGUCACUCAAACAGACGUGUACCGAGCAGAUGCCAAAGACAUUCCAAGAAUAUUCCAGAUUCUUUAUGCCAACGAAGGUGAGAGCAAAAAGGAGCCCGAAUUUCCCGUAGAGCCGCUGCCGAUCGGUGAAAAGUCCAGCUAUAUUUGUCACAAAGGCCACGAGUUCAUCCCCACACUGUAUCACUUCCCCACCAACUGUGAGGCAUGCACCAAACCUCUAUGGAACUGGUUCAAGCCCCCGCCUGCUUUAGAAUGUCGGCGCUGCCAUAUUAAGUGCCACAAGGAUCACAUGGACAAGAAAGAGGAGAUCAUUGCUCCUUGCAAAGUGAACUAUGACGUGUCUACGGCCAAAAAUCUGCUGCUGCUCGCCAUCUCUCAAGAAGAGCAGCAGAAGUGGGUGAGCCGUCUGGUCAAAAAGAUUCCCAAGAAGCCGCCUCCUCCGGAGAAUCUUGCACGCUCCUCACCACGUGCAUCCAUGAAAGUCCAAUCCAGUCAGUCCAUUAGGAGGCCCAGUCGACAGCUCCCCAUCAGCAAAAGCAGAUCAAAUGGCUUCAAAUUGAUACGAGAAGACUCCAAUAGUGGACUAGGAAACCUGAAGAAGCGACCUGAGCAAAAGAGCCACCAAAGUGCUGCUUAUUGCAAUCUGGUCAGUCAUACAUGA